GCCUGAACGGAGGGAUGAAUGUGUGGAUCUCGAAUAUAAAACAGAUUUCACCUCCGUCUGCAUCAUUAUCAAACAGCCAAACCAAGCAUCAUGUUUUGCUGGGGAGACGGUUCGAGUGGACAGUUCGGUCUGAACAUUGAGAAUGUGUCAGUUCCUAUAGAAUGGAAUUUAGUUUCUGAUGAAGUCAUUGAAAUUGCUUGCGGGGAGCAGCACACUUUAUUUCUCACAGUAGAUGGCAGGAUCCUAUCCUGCGGGCGCAACUCAAAUGGACAACUUGGCAGACAGAAAAAUAAAGACUCAAAACGACCAGCACCAGUGGAGGGCCUUAGUGGAGCAGUAGCUGUGGCUUGUGGUCAGGACCACUGUGUGGCUGUGUGUGUCUCAGGACAGGUCUAUUCAUGGGGGGCAGGGGGCGAGGGACAGCUUGGCAUUGCCCCUACAACUGUCUCCAAAGUCAACAGACCAAGACAAGUUCCAAUAUUUUCACCCUUGCCAAUACCAGUGAUACAGGUUGCUUGUGGAAAUUUCCAUUCGUUGGCCCUCACUAAAGGAGGAGAGGUGUUUUCCUGGGGUCUGAACAGCCAUGGGCAGCUUGGGCUGGGCAAAGAGCUGCCCCUGCAGCCGCUACCUGCCCUGGUGCGCUCCCUCACUGGGGUCCCAGUGACUCAGAUCGCAGCCGGAGGGACCCACACUCUGGCCCUCGCCCUCUCAGGCCUGGUCUACUGCUGUGGGGCAAACAGGGCCGGGCAGCUGGGACUCAACCGGGUGGAUGAGAAGGGCCGGUUCAAUGUAUGUGCUGUGCCUGCUCUCAGAAACCUGGGGGUUUCCUUCAUCAGCUGCGGACAAGCACACACCGCUGUUCUCACCAAGCAUAACCAGGUGUUCACGUUUGGAGAGGGAAGCCAUGGCCAACUUGGGCACAAUACAACAUCUAAUGAACUCAGACCCAAACUUGUGACGGGCUUGGAUGGACUGGUCUCCCAGAUUGCAUGUGGCAGCCAUCACACCCUUGUGUUGGGAUCUGCUGGACAACUCUGGGGUUUUGGUAGCGGGGCCAAAGGUCAGCUAGGUACUAGCACCACAGAGGACAGCCUGCGACCCACCUUAAUUCUCCUGAAAAGGGCUUCUGGCGGCAUGGCAACAGCCGAUGACAUGAAGAUAGCAGCAGGAUUUCAUUCAAAUUUCAUUUACACCACAGAGAAUUUUGAAAGAGAACAGCCAAUCGGGAGGUUAGAGCAAGGCAUGCUACAAAAAUGGCUGACGAUGGAGCAGGGAAAUAAAGAUGUGAAAAGAGAAAUAUCCAUAAUGUUUUCAACACCUUCAAGUCUUGUGGCAAGUUUCACUAAAGCCAGUGAGGACCCUCAAGCAGCUGGCACUUUGGGAGUAGAUCUAGAGGCUGCCAGCCAGGUUUUCGACCAGCUUCUAAACAUACCAUGGAUUAAGAAAUCAGUAAACAUUGAGCAACUGAUUGAGAGAAUUUGUACUUCAGCACCUGUCAUCAAGUCACCAGAGAUCUUUAUGAUUUUGCCCACAAUCCCUCUUCUGCAUGAGGACAACAGCAUCAUGACGAUGGUGUUGGCUUUAGCAGUAGUAAUCAUACAAAAUCUGAACAACACAGCUCUUAAAACAUUGAAAGAAUGGUGGUCUUUACUGGAGUCUUCCAUCAUGACUAAGCACAUUCUGAUGUGGAAGAAUGCUGUGUCAUUCAUGCUGAGGAACGGCCUUCUGGUUACCCACAACCCUGGAGUCAAAUACCUGCUGGAAGUUCUUAAGCACCUCCACAAAGCAAGCAAAAAAGCAGGAAAAACACAGAACAUUCCAGCAAGUGCCUUUUAUGUCGAAGAGAUCGUCCGUAACGUAGUUCCUGUGGAGGAUGUGAAGCUUUGGCAUUUCUGGUCAACAAGGGAGGAUGAGCCCAACACGCCAACCAUCUUUUGCCGUUACCCGUUUGUGCUGAACUUGACGUGCAAGAUUGCGGUUUUUAACAUUCAUGCGCAUUUUACAAAGGAGGUUCACAAACUUGCCCACCAACUGACAGUGAUGUGUCCUCGUGGAACAUUCAACGAAGACCCGGAAUCUCCCCCAGCCCCUGUGUUUCAGUUGAAGCUAAGGCGCCCAUAUCUCAUCGAAGAUACCUUCAGGCAACUAGGUUCUGCAGAUCACGAUUAUUUCCAGAGGGAGCUUCUGCUUUUGUAUUGUUCCCCCCAGGUGCAGUUUGUGGAGGACCAGAAGGUGUCACAGGUAUACAAAAGGGACUUCUUCCUUCACUUGUUUGAUGAGCUGUUGGCUCCCGAGUCUGACAUGUUCAUGUACAACGACACCAAGACUAUGGUCUGGUUUCCUGCCAAGCUCAAAGUGGAGAAGAAGAGUUACUUCCUGUUUGGUAUCCUGUGUGGAAUGGCGCUGUACAACCACAACAUCGUCCAUCUGCCUUUCCCCCUGGCCCUGUUCAAGAAGCUGGUCGGGGUCACGCCGUCUCUGGACGACCUCAGAGAGUUUGAACCCGUUGUGGGAGGGAGUUUACGGUACCUCUUGGAGGACUACACUGAUGAUGAUGUUAAAGAGAACCUGGACAUUACCUUCUCGGUGGUUUGGGAUGACGUGAAAGUGGAACUUGAUCCCAGUGAAACAGAAAAACCAGUCACAAAUAUUAACAAAAAGCAGUUUGUCGACGCUUACACUAACCACGCUUUCAACCGGUCGGUGGAGACGGCGUUUGAUGGUUUCCGGAGAGGUUUCUUCAAGGUGUGCGACCGGGACGUGGUGGAGUUGUUUCAGCCGGAGGAACUCAGGGGAGUCAUGGUGGGGACAGAGGACUAUGACUGGGAUGCACUCAAGCAGAACACUGUGUACGAACCGGAAUACCACGCCGGACACCCCGGCGUCAUCACAUUCUGGGAGGCCUUUGAGGAGCUGACAGAAAAGCAAAAGAAAGCUUUCCUCCUGUUUCUGACGGGGUGUGAUCGUGUUCCCAUCUUGGGCAUGGACAAGAUACAGAUGAGGGUGGCAGUCCUGGCAAAUGCCACUGAUCAACAUUUCCCAGAAUCCCUCACAUGCCACUUCCUACUGCUUUUGCCCAUCUACUCCUCCAAGGAGAUAAUGUUGGCCAGACUGAAAGAGGCUGUGCUUCACAACAGAGGCUUCUGGAAGAAGUGAUGGACAGCGCUUACAACACGUACAUGGGUUAUAAAUACAGCACUUUAGAGUACAGUCAGACUAUAAAGGGUACACUUAGGUUUAGCAGAGUGGGAUUUUGAUUGUUAGACUUAGAUUGAGAUGACUCUAUGGCAUUGAUGUUAAAUUAGUGGGGUUUUCAAGGAAUGUUUUCAGAUGUAUUGGCCUGCCAUGUUAUAGAAAACAAAUUGAAGUGUGUAGCCCACCUUGAAAGAGGUGAAAAAUAUUACUGACAACUAAUUAUUUUUUUGUGAAAUGUGUAGGUCUAUGUAUAUCUUUAAUUAAUGUCAUGUAUGGAAAUUGUUUAGACAGGUUUCAGUUCAUUAAAUUCAGACCAGACAUCAUGUAAUAAGUGA